GAAUGGUCAACUGGCUACGGCGCCUCGGAAAAAACCACUCCUUCGGGGUCGCAGUGGCUCCUUCUCUCACUUGUCAAAAGACGGUCGACCGAAGGCUGGAAAGUCCGAUGAAGGACCUAUCCGCACGGCCAAUACGGCUGUGACGGUGGCAUCACUUCUUCUGAAUACUCCUCCGUUGUCGAGUAGCCCAAGCCCUGUGCUGUUUCGCCUGCGAGUGGCGUGCCAAAGUUUCGGGACCACCGUGCACGUUUCUGCCAAUGCGGAGCUUUCGGUGAACGGUUCUGAGACCUGCGCGGCACAAGCGGCGGAGCAGAUUACCUAUAGCCUUCCAAUGGGAGCUCAAGGGAAUCAGACAGAUGGGCAGCUCCUGCUGGAGGGCUUUCCAGCCAUUCCCUUCGCUGUGGCCCACAGCAAGGUGGGCUCCACCUUCAUCGGCAGCUGUGGGCGCUGGCGCUACACCGCCCUGGCGACACCGCACUGGGACUGGCGCCAUUCAGUGGAGCGCCCAACGGAGGGCAAGGCAGCGGAUCUGGAGUUGGCUGGUGGUGUGUUGUCUGUGCAACUGCGUGCUGCAACCUCGGCGGAGGUUAAGAGGUGUUGCCAACAACAGGCACUGCAAGAUGCGCAGGAAACGGGUGAUUAUGAUGAGCUUCACGCACAAUUGACCAAGGCACGCUUAGCCUCAGUGGACCUGGAGCACUUGGAGAGGGCGGAGGAGAAACUGAAGCUGAUGAGGAAGCAGCGGAUGCAUGUGGCAGCAGGUUGCGGCAAGGAUGAGCUGCGGCAACAGAUGAGUUGGGAGUUGAUCACCGCUCCCCAGGGAUCUGACACGGAGCGUCCCUGUCCCGUCACGGAUUGUCCAUGCAACGAGCCGUGCAACCCAGGGGAGGUGCUGAGCAUCAUCAGUGGUGCCGUUGAUCAAUGCCUGGGCCCUGGUGCGGAUCGGCUCCUCUUUGAGAGUCUGGUGGAAGCAGCUUUAGCCUCGGAGGAGGGCUCUGUGUGGCCGGCGGGCGGGAAACUGAUUUUCAGCGCCUUCGAUCGAAACCAGUCGGUGAACGCCUUGGUACGGACCUUGGAAAGUGCCAACCAACAGAGAUGUGCUCAAAUGAUGCUCAAACUCGUCCAGUCAAGCGAGGCGACCUAUGGGGGCUUCGUCUCAGCGGUGCAGGUGAACUUUCAUUGCACCGGAGAGUCCUUCCACGAUCAGCACCGCGAUGUCUAUGGAGCCAAGCAGCGGGCGGGGCCCAACUGCGCCUGCUCCUUCAAGGAGUGCGUGGGGACGGUGUGUUAUUCCCUGGGUUCCAGCAGACUCUGUCGUCUAUGCAGCAUGGUGGAUAGCUUCUCCGCUCUGAAGCCUUGUGGUGACAGCUGUCAGGGUCGAGAGGAACAUCGCUGGCUGCGCAGUGGGGACGCCAUGUUCUUCAAUGCCAAGUGGAAUCAGAAUCACACCCAUGGCAUUCCCAAGAUGUCCAGUGGGAGCGGCCCUCGGAUUUCGGUGGCUUUCUUGCUGGGCGCCAGCUGA